ACUUAGAGAGUAGGUAUGUACCAGUCAGUGGUAAGGCUGUUGUGGAGAAGCCAGCUUGCCAACACAGCUCUCUCCAGCACCAAGGAGGAGAAGUUGCCAAGAGUGAAAUCUGUGCCUCCGUUUCGUGUGUCCUGCAGUUAUUCGGCGUGAAUAGUAAAUCAAUACAGAUCUGCUGACAGUUGUGCUUGUGGUCUGUAUUGUUGGAUUUUCUUUCGAAGAGCGGAGUUGUUGAAUAUGUAACUAAGAUUUAUGAGGCGAAGAAGACGAAAUAUUACGUGAUAUUACUGUUCUGUACUCGAUUUACAUCGAGUUAUUUUUCAGAAAGUAUUUAGAAAAACGUUAAAGUAGUGCAUUUUCAUUUAAAGUGUGCCUAAUUAAACCUAAUUCAUAUUUUGAGUGUGUGCUUUUUCAAAGUGGGUGAAAUUUCGUUUCUGUAACUUAGAUAAACAAAAAAGUGAAAACAAUUUCAAGGAUGCAUUGCUACAGAUGAAGAACUUCUACUCUGAACAUAAACUUGAAUAGUUGCCUGCUAACCUCUCCAACGAUAGUGAUCCUGUCGAGAGUCAUGAAGCGGAACCGGCUUCUCUUGUCUUGGUACCUCUUAACAGGUUUGCUGCUUCUAGCGACGUUUGGGGAGUGUCUCAAAGGGACUGCACUGGUGAUCAGCAAGCUGAAGCAGAAGCCUUUAGAAGCUGACAACAGGAGUGCGGACGAAGAGGCUGCUGGCUCCAGCACGGGCAGCUCAAGCGACACUCAGCCACCUUCUGCACCAGCAGCAGGGGUAGAAGUCAACGCGACCACCAAGUCCCCGCUCACGGGGAUACCCCAGAAAGACUACAUUCACGAUCCGAAUCUGCCGAGAGAACUGAACGGCUAUAACCUCACCGAGUAUCCGUUCUACGAUCGGGUACCUGAGGAGAUUGAUUUCAAGUGUGAUGGGCUCCACGACGGCUUCUACGCCAGUAUACUACAUAAAUGUCAGGUUUACCACCACUGUCUGUUUGGAACCAGGUACGACUUUUUGUGUGCCAACUACACAGCGUUCGAUCAGAAAACGUUCAUUUGCCACUUCGUAUCUGAAGUCGACUGCGUCAACUCGGCCAAGUACUUCAAGCGGAACGAAGCGCUGUACAAGCAGGCCACGACAACGGUAGCGACCACCACGACAGCGGCUACACGCCCCUACCGCCCUCGUCGUCCCGAGUACGACUAUUACUAUGACGAUGACUACGAGGAAGACCCUGAGUACUACGACGAAGAGCUGCCGGCUCACAGAAGCACAGCUACAGUGCCACCGUCUGCGCAUGCUGGCAACGGUCGCCGCAGAAAGCAUCGUCGUCCGCAAAGACCUCUAGAGGACGACCAGCGCCGUCCCGAGUCAGCCCCUUCGGCACCCUUCGACCAGGAUGACCCUCAACAACAGGCAGACAAGCCACGACCUUCUGCCUCAGUGUACGACAGACACCGAGUUCCGCCCAAAAUUCGGCCUCCAGUACCCCUAAAUGAAAGAAAUAAGUAUGACUAUACGACGCGCAGGUCACCCACAGGCACAGCAUCAGCACCUGAAGAACCAGCCGCCACAUAUACCAGACCCAAACCCCAGGCUCGUCCAGCAGUCCACCAGGAUGAUGAGUAUUACGAUGAUGAAGAAGAAGCAUACGUUCUACCAGAGAGGAAUUCGCAAAGCACUUCCAGAAUAAAAAAUCCUGACACUUACCCUCCAACUGCAACAAAUGAAAGGGAUAUAAUCAGACGACCAACAGUGACAGGUGAUGGACGCCCUCUAAGACGUAAUCGACCUGCAGGACCUUCAAGGAGACGCCCUGCAGAGAAUGUCCCUCAGUAUGCUCCCUUGCCUCUUGAAGAUAUAGCUGAUGAUUAUGAUCAACCAUAUGAUCAAGAGCCUAGAAGGCCAGUGCGACCAGCUAAUGGAAGAAGGAAACGACCUCAGCAGGGCUCUGGUAGGCAGGAAGAUUACUACAGACCCACAGCCCAAUCAACACGACAAGAUCAUGAUUAUUCGCAUCAACAAAAGGGCAGACAGUCUUCUAGAUAUGGUGAUGAGGAAGAUGAUGAGCCUGUACCAGCAUCCAGACCUGCUUAUAUUAGCACAGCACCAGGGAGCAGUAGCACAAGACAAGUGCACAGGAAGAGAGUUCAUCAACAGCCACAGGCCACUGUUGAUGAGUAUACACCUUCCAGAUCACAGGCUUCAGAAUCAAUGGUUUACAGAUCAGAUGGCCAACGGAAACACGCCGCACCAGUUAGGAAACCUGUGACAUACUCUGAAGAACCAUCAGAAGAAACAGAUUAUUAUGAUGAUGAAGAGCUCCCAGAACAAAAUUACCAAAACAGGCAGACACAAACACAGAGAGGUACCCAGGUGGCAGCAGGACCAUUCAAACAAUCAGUCAACCCACUUCCAUCUCCACCACCUACAAAAGUGAGUACUAAUGCUGAAGAAGAUGAUGACGAUGUUAUCUUACCACCGCAACGAUCAGGAAAUAGUAAGAGACCAUUUUUACCAAGCAGAGGGGGAAAUCCUUCAUUACCACGUGGUUUACAAUCACUUGGUUCCAAAGCUCCACAGCAGACUUCAAACGUUGAUUCUUCAAAUGAUGACAGAACAGGGGAUAAGCAAGGUAGAUUUCCACAGCCCUUAACAGCUUCAAAUUAUCAACCCAAAGUAGAAGAUGAUUAUGAAGAAGAAGAUGCACCAAGACUAAGAACUGUGACAAGUAUGGGACGUUCCCCAGACAUUUCUGAUGCUCUGACAUCAAGACCAAUCUCUCAAAGCAACUAUAAAUCUGGAGAAAUCAGAGAUUCUCUGCGUGGCCCAGUCGAAGAGGAACUUCCUAGAAGGGUACAGUCAGGUAACAAUGAAUAUCGAAGCAAAGUAGUUGAGGAUAACCAUCCUAGGACUCCAUCUUCUGCAACAGGAAACUUCCGAACUAAACAAGCAACUUCAGCAAAUGUUGGUGAAAAAAAAACUGGUAAGUACAAACCAAAUUCCCCAGAAACUGUUCAAGAGAAUCCACCUCUGCCAGCCACUGGACCAAGUUCUUCAAGCUUCAGAACAAAAGAUGUUGGCCUCUCAACUGCAAAAACACCAAGUGGGGAUAAUCCCUCAAAUCAACAAAUAUCUCAACCAGUGAAGACACCUGUGGUAGCCUCAGAAGAUAUCAGAUCAGUGACACCAUUUGGUGUUCCAAAGGUGGCACCAUCUGUUGCAGUCUACAGGACACCAACAAAGACAACCCCUAAACUUUCAAUCAAUUCUUCACCAAGAGUACCAGAUUUGCCAGCACAAACAAACUUGGCGGACAUUGAUGAAUCAGAAUAUGAUGUGACACUGAAUGAUGCUUUACAUCCAACACUGCAUCCAACAAGAAGUGUUGCAACUGCACUUGUGUCAUUCCCACAACAGCCAACGCUCCAGAGGGUCCAGGUGUUUAAAACUAAAAUUGGAUUAUCAUCACCAUCACCUUCAUUAUCAUCAUCAUCAUCUCCAAAUCAAGGGGUUGAAGCUCUCAGUAAUGACCCCUCAUCUUCUUCAACAGGUGGUCGUGGGUAUCUAGCAGGUUCUGCCUCCCAGAGACACAUAACAAGAGCACCUUAUGCUUCACUGUCAGAUCAUGUCAAGGAUCCCAGGCUUGUGGUCGUAGAUACUGACACGAGAGGUGGACAACUGGCUUAUGCACAGCAACAAGGUGGCAUAGCGCAAUAUAACACACAACAAGCAAGGAAGAAGACACCCAUCACACAGUAUGAUGACAAAAUACCCUCUCAUGAUACCAAUCCUCCCAGAUACACUCAGACAGAAUCACAAUACCGAAUGGGUGUUCCUAGCCAUGAGAGUGGGCCUCUGUUGCUGGUAGAUGAUACUUUAUAUAGUAAUGAAAGGCAAAGGUCAAGUUGGAUCCAGCAGCAGCAGAGAAGGGAACCAAAUGUAGGUUAUGCUACAUUGUACUGAAAAAUAAUGCAUCAAAAAUAGAUCCAUCUGAAUUGAAUGUUGAGUGGUCCUAAAUAUGAUUUUAUGUUUCUAAAACAGACAGUAACAAACCAUUACCAAUUUAAUGAAGAGUCACUGGACUUAAAAAUUCUUUGUAUUCCAAAUCACCCUUCCAAUUCCCAUUAAAACUACGUAUCAACCUGUCAAGGGUGAUUGCAGAUGUUACCAUACUGACAACUGGAUGCAUUACACACAGAACUGAAUUAUUGAAGAAUGGUUAUCAAUAAUAUUUUUUUGUAAUCAGUGUGCAGCACAAAUGUGACUUGCACCAGUUAGUAAUAAGGUAAUAUCAGUAAAUAAAAAUUUAAUGAAUGUGCUCAUAUAUAAAAUUGUGCAGUCCCUCCUCAUAAGCUACAGUACCUUCUUAUGGGUUUCUGUUGGACCAAAUCUUAAUUGUUCACCUUUCUCACAGAAUGUUAGAUUAUCUCAAAUAACUCACUUAAAUAGAUAUAACAUGUUCACUAUAGUUUGUCAUCAAAAGUAUAAGCAUAUUUAAACCAGGUCAUUAUUUAUAUUCUGAAUAUUCCAGAUACCAAAUCUGGAUGUAAAAUAUAGUAUUCAACAGGACAACAUUUAUAAUGCAGAAAACACUUGUUUGUUGUAGAAUUUAACACAAAUAUUGAAAAUUUAAGCUUCCAGCAGCUACAUGAAAUCAUGCAAAACUGGACACAGUUGUCUAUUAAUUCCUGCCACAUGGCAAUGAAAAGGUGGUAGUAGAACUGAGGAAAAUGAUUGCAAUUACUUUUUCACUGUACUGUGUACAAACUUGUUCAUCCCACUGAGUGUACAUGAUCAAACUAGAUGGCUGUACUUGGCUGCAAUGAACACAUACCAUGAAAACACUUAUUAUUCUAUAUAUUUAUAACUGUCAGUAAAAAUUAAUUGUAAUCAAUCAUACACACGUUGGUUUUCUUUUACAAACUGUUAUCAAGUUGUUUUAUUACUGUAAUCUGCUUGUUUAGAAAAAUCGCAUCAAAUGAACAAAAGUGUUGUUAUCCUGCAGUAAUAAGGUAACCCUAGUUGUGGAGGCAGCUUAAAAAAACUGGUUGUUCAUAAAGUGUAGUCCAUAAACCACUGUUAGUGUGUGAUGUUCUGGAAGUGGCCCAUGGGCUGGUCUGAAAUUCUGGGGGACUAAGUAAGCAUGAUGUCAGCCUUCUUCAGAGACAAAAGAAUAUCGGUGAUGGAUGAUAGAAAUAAAUAGGUUUAAUGUUUUUCUUAAUAUCUUCUACAAAAGAAGUUUUCUACCUAACUUUAUAAACAUGUGAAAAUAAUUAUGUAUUAAAAACUUAACUGAUAUUAUAACAGUCCUAGUCCUAUACAUAUAUUUGUGCUGGGAUCUGAAUUUCAUGUGUGUACAGGUACCUGUCUAGCUAGAUUAUACAGCCUAGAAAAUCAGUGUGUUAUAUGUCUUAUCACAGUCUGUGAGGACAUCAUUACAUAUAUUAUUCACUCCUUUAUGCAUUCAGUUGCUCUGAAACAGAGUUAUGUAUCUUGGUAUGGUAACAUAAGCCCAAGCAUGCCACAUUUCCAAAUCACUGUUCCAUGAUGAAACUAGUGAUAUUAAAUAUUUAAAAUAAAAUGAAUUUGCACAUUUUUUCAGCAACAUGCAUAAAGUUUAAAUACCAAAUUUAAAUAUUAUUUUACACAUUAUGUGCCAGAGUUUCCAGUAAAAGAAUAGUUGACAUGUUUCUAGAGAGCUUCAUUAGCGGAUAUUAACCCCAAAUCUCCCCAGCCAUGCACACCCAAUGGGUUAAAUAACAGACAGUGCAUACAAAAAUGUUGUAAAAACAGACAACCACCAUCUUUAAAUCAUUGGCAUAUCAGGAUUUACAGCAAACACCACUUCUUAACACAGAUGUCACAGAAUAACUGUCAAGAUUUUUACAGAUAAAAUGGAUUACUUUAAAAUUCUUUCACUGCUGACUCUACUAUAAUGAGGAACACAAAAUAUAAGCAGAAUGAAUAAUAAUGCCAAAGCAGUUUCUCACAUGACAGAACUGACCAAGUUACAAAGAAACCAAAAUUAUUCAGAACCACAUUUAGAUUGACAUUCUGUGUCAUGUGAUUAUAUGCUCUGCCUGACAUUUCACUUCACCAAAGUUUUAUUUUCUGUUGGGCACCAUUAAUAGAUUUACUGCUGUUUUAAAAUUUAAUUUUGUUCACUUCUCUCCAUAUAUGCUAUGUCAUUGUAAUUUAUUAACAAGGAAUGUUUGAUAAAUAUCAGUCAAGAUGGUCACUAAGAGAUUUCAGGUGCUCACAGCUGCGUGUACGAAGAUGGGUGUUUUCUGGGUUCUUGUGGCAUGUAGUCUGGUAGAAUUUUACUGUCACCGUAAUGCCUUCAUCACCAAGGCUAUUGCCCUGAUGAUGGAGGUAGCAAGCACCUCUGAAACGGUGGGAAACUUACACCACACUACAUGGCACAAGAACCCAGAAGACAGCCAUCUUCAAAAUUCUCCUAGCCAUUUCUUUUAAAUAUACUAACAGACAAUCAUAUUUCAACACAAAUACAUAAUGAUGCAGUAUACUUGACAGCUGUAGGUAUUACAGCCUUUUAAGUUAUAAAUUCUUCAAGGGCUAUUUUAAUUUAUAAUACUCAAUAUGAUAUUGAUUAGAUGUAACAAAGGCAAUUGAAGUACUGAGUGUUUAUUUUUUUAAGUUUGUAAGCUCUAAUAAUUCAAACUUAAAUAUUAAACCUCAUCAUUUUAUUAGUGGUACUUCAAAAUGGCUGUAUGAAAUGUCUAUAUUUUUGUAAUAAGAACUGAUGUACAUUAUAUAUUUUCUAUAGAGGAAGAAACCUUUAAAUGUUGCCAUUUAUAUGCUGCAAUUCGUUAAAGGAAGAAACAUUUCAGAACAUGGCUAGUUGUUGGCCACGACAGAAAGAAAAAUGUAGAUGUUACAGUUUUACAUUGCAGACUGUAGUCCUUACAUCAAUCCAGAGAGUAAAUGUAAUGAGUUCCAUUCAAUGUAUUACGUUUAAUAAACAGAGUGUUAGUGCUCUGAAACACUGGCAUGACUACUGGUCUUUCUGUAUGUCACAUUUUCUUGUGCAUGGCUUGUCUCUUCCAUUGCUGUGAUGCUCUUAUACUGCACCUUAGAAUUAUAAUGGCAUUUCUGACACAAUUAGUUGCAGUUCACUAAAAGAUAAUAUGAAUCAUCAAAUGCUAUUAUGAAUAUCUUAAUAGAAAUUCCAAAGUAAAACUACAAAUACUUAAAUUAGAUACUGACUAUAGUAAAGUCUAAUUAUAAGCUAUCAGAUCAGUGCUCUAGUUCAAGAUACAUGUAGUAAAUAAAUUUAAAAAAAAAAAACACAACAACAACAACAACUACUACUACUUUCUUGCAAGUGACUACAAAUCAGACAAUAAGAGGAUGAUAGAGGCAGACACUAAUAAAAUGAAAACAUCAUACUGUCUCUAUAAUGAAGAAGUUCACAGUCUUAGGAAUAUAUAUUCCUGAGCUUGAAACAAAAAUGCACAGAACUAAAUACCACCAACCACACCUCAUGUAUUAAUAAUAUAUACAGUGAAAAAUAUAGAGAUGACUGUUUUCUG